AUGGCUUCAAAAAUCCAUACAAAUAAAACAGAUAUAGUGCUUUCCAACAAUCAGUCGACCAACUAUAGCCAUGAACAGAUUGAACUAAAUCAUCAACGCAAUGAACAAAACCAACAACAGAACCGAUCGAAACGAUCUCGAAAAAAGCCAAUUAAAAUACCAUUUACCGAGGCUGUGGGAGCUCAACAACAAACUACACCAACAGUUGGACAACAUAGUCAAAACAAUCGAACUGUACAAAAAUUAUCAACAUCGCAGACUAAAGACAAAUCACUGGACAAAGUGCAAACAGAUCAAACAACGAUUAUCAUCGAAGAACCAAUUUGUAAGCAUUUGGAAUUAUUAAAUUUUUGCUUUAAUCAAACUUUGGUCAAGCAUUAUUUAACCAAAGACGGUGCUCAACAACGAUUGAUCGUAUAUAAUAAAUUAUAUAAUAUUAUCGUCGCCAAACGACCAGGACUUUGCUAUGAGCCUCGUAUCGAUAUUGAUCAUGAUCUGCCGUAUAUUGAUUUACUUGUAUGUGAUUCGAACAUAAAUGUGCGAUUAACAUCUGGCUACAACAAAGCAAUUUACCUGUCGAAAUUGAUUCAAAUUUAUACAAAAUUUGAUCAACGUGUUCUUCAAUUAUUUCGACUUUUACGUAUUCUCGCAAAGGUAAGCAACAUUGACAGACCAGAUUUGGGCACUCUUCAUCCGGUAGUUUUUCAUCUAAUGAUUAUUCACUUUUUACAACAACUUGAAGAACCGAUUUUACCAUGUCUUCAUGAAUAUGUGUUUGGUGUUAAACCUCUACCAAUACAACUAAAAGACAAUCAAUAUAAUGAUUUCUUUCGUUUAUGCAACGCAUAUACUCGUACAUGGAAAUCAAAAAAUACAAUUAACAUGGAAAUGCUUUUUUUUCAACUCUUAUCGUAUUAUGUUGAAAAAUUUGAUACAGAAAAAUUCAUUAUAUCUAUACAAACUCGAAUGCCAGUUUUAAGAAUCGGUAGAACUGUUAACGAUAAAGUGCAAGAAUUGCUCAACAGUUUCAACUUGCAAACAGUAGUUCUACCAAAUUUAAUAUCAGCAACUGAUGAAUCUCAUUCUGAAUCAACCAUGAAAGCACUUCCUGUAGUUAAUUCAAAUACUGAACAUUUAUUAUCCAGCCAGGAUGAGACGAUUCCGACAAUUUCAUUAGAAACUAAUUCUACUGCGUUCUUCUACGAUUUUCAAGCAGAAAAUUUUGGUGCUGAACAGGGUGCUCCAGUAGCAUGUGUUUCAUGCUAUGAAAAUGGUCAUAUCAAGUCCAACUGUCCUAAAGAGUCAAAACCAAAUGUGAUAGAAAUAAGCCAAGAAUGGGAAAAUAUUCUUUCUAAACUUUGUCGAUACAUUACUGAACGUCAUAAACCAACAAGAAAAGAUAUUGAAAAUCGUAAAGAUCUUGUGCGUCAACUUCAAAUUCAAUAUCAAAAAAUCUAUCCCGGCUGUAAAUUACAACCAUAUGGCUCAUCUUGUAAUGGUUUUGGUUUUCAACAAAGUGAUCUUGAUGUGUGUAUACAUAUAUGGAAAAAUAAACAAAUUUGGAACAAAAAAAACGAGCCGAAUACAAUGUCAUCUGGUGCUCUAUGGAUUGCUUUUUUACGUUAUUAUACACAAGAUUUUAAUUAUAAAAAACGUAUUGUUACAAUUCGGCAAUAUGAACCGUUAUUACGUGUUGAUAAAAAAUGGUAUAGUGACAUAAUUGCUAUUGAAGAUCCAUUCGAAUUGUAUCGUAAUCUAGCUGAAUAUAUUCGAGUAAAGGAAUGGACAAUUAUUCGUAAUGUAUUUAUACGUGUUCAAGAUCAUUUUUGUUUUCAACCAGCAAAUAUUAAUAUGAUGGACUUGGAUAUGUCAUCAAUUCAGGAACAUUUCUUUAAUAUCAAUGAAUUAAAUCGAAAGAGUCCAACUGAAUCACUUCAAACAUGUAAUGACACUAUUAAAAACAUCGAUAAACAAUCUGAAAAAUUGAAGUCAUCAGUUUACAUUACUGUCGCUUCUGAUAUUACUCUUCCUGAACAUCAUUUACAUUUGGUCGAUUAG